AUGUUGAUGCUACAUUCCUGGGGCAUCUGCCCCAAUGAACUGGAAACUAUAAAUGCAGGGUCUUCUCUCGGUCGUGACCUUUACGAAGAUAUCGACUACUCCUUUAGUUCAAAGGAUAAAGCAUCUCUCUCUUCUGCAGAAACAAUGCCAAACGUUGCUACUUUCCUAGGACUGGCCAUGUCCGGAGCAGCGAUUGCAUCCGCCGCAGCGCUGGGUGCAUACAACGUAGACCCGAAUUCAAUUUCCGUCUCGGGGCUCUCCAGCGGAGGCUUCAUGUCCGCGCAGCUUGGAGUUGCAUACUCUGAUACUUUCAAGGUCGGGUUUGGGGUCUUUGCUGGAGGCCCGUAUGAUUGUGCUCGCGGCCAGUCGGUAAGUCAUUUUUCCAACAUCCCGGAAACAGACACUUUCGAGUAA